AUGGCAGGUACUGCGGCGCUGAGUUUGCCCUCCACCACCGACACUCCACUCGAACGCGUCAUUGCCACUCGUCCUAUGACCCUGCCGCCUAAGGACACGGAGGCUCAGAAGCGGCACGCCAAAGAAUACCUCGAAAUGGUGAAAGGGUUCAAGAAGAAAGAGCUGUUUCAGAUUUUGGAGACCAAGAGCCAGCGAGCCAAGGAGGAGGAGAAGCGAAAGCGAAAGGAGCAGGACGAGGCCUUCCUCAAGGCCUUCAAACAGAAAUACGGCGACACCGUGGUCAAGGGCCAGGGCAAGGAGGGGAACGAAGACGAGGAGGGAGAGGAGGACGAAUCGUGUGAAAGCGGCGCUGGCGACGAGCCGACGCCGAGUAGCGAGCUCGAAGGCCCGGGGGCACAAACAGACGCAGAUUGCGAUCAGGAAGACGACAGCAUUUGGGUGAUAGGCAAGGAGAACACCGUGAGCCUCAUCCCGCUCGACCUGCCCCGCACCUUCCCCUGCCUCAGCUUCUUCCAAGUCGGCGGUCCCUCGCACGGCCCGCUGGGCCAGGUGCUGGAGGCCUACGUGUGCUACCGGCCCGACAUCGGCUACGUGCAGGGCAUGUCCUACCUGGCCGCGGUGAUGCUCCUCUACAUGGACACCUUUCCGGCCUUCUGCUGCCUCGCCAACCUGCUCAACUCUCCUAUACUGGUGUGCUUCUAUCGGAUGGAUAUGACGCACAUCAGCAAGUACGUGCGCGUGCUGGACGCGAUCAUGGCCGACCACAUUCCGCGAGUUCACAACCACCUCCGCAGCCUGGACAUCUCCACCGAUCUGUACAUAAUGGACUGGAUCCUCACCCUCUUCUGUAAAGCACUGCCGCUGGACAUUGCGACGCGAGUGUGGGACAACUACUUCCUGCGCGGCGACAUCUUCCUCUACUCCACGAUCGCUGGGGUCCUCUCCUAUCUUGCCCCUCAGCUCGAGAACGGCACCUUUGACGAGUGCCUGCAGCUCCUCACCCACCUGCCGCAGGACAUGGACGAGACGGCGCUGUUCCAGCACAUCGGCAACAUCAACAUCUCGCCCAAGCGGCUGGAGGAGCUGCUUGUUGAACAGGGCCUCGAGGUCUAA